CGGGGGGAGAGAGAAGCAGCGUUUGAUCGGAGCGGAGGGUGAGAGGCGCCUGAUUGUCUAGUUGCGUGAAGGCGACUGAAGCAGUCAGUGUGGACCAUGUGUGCUGCAGCUCUGGAGGAGUACUGUGGGUCCACCUUUUGGAAUGCUUCAUAUCUGAACAGAGAAGACCCCGACCUCCCGGUAUGUGUAGAGCAGACGGUGCUGGUCUGGAUCCCACUGGGGUUCCUGUGGCUCUGUGCCCCGCAACACUUGGUGUCUCUAUGCAGGAGGACACAAGUGGACGCAAAACACCUGUCCAAGCACUAUAUCUGCAAACAGCUGGUGGUGUUUCUGUUGCUACUCACCGCCAUAGCAGGCCUGGCCAUCACACUGGGAGAGGAUUUUCCUCCCAACCAGGUUUCAACAGUGAAGAAUCCCGGUGUAUACUACGCAAACCCCGUCCUAUACGCAGUCACAUGGAUCCUUGUGAUGUUGUGCCAGGAAGGAGUGAGGCGCAGGAAAAGAUCAGUAGACUCAGCCACUCUCUUCAUCUUCUGGCUUCUUCUGGUUCUGUGUGACGUCUUCCCUUUCCAGACCCUCCUACGGGAGGGGCUCAGGCUGGGACAAAUCAGCGACGUCCCUCGCUUUAGUCUUUUUUACAUUUCCUUUGGCUUGGAAUUGAUUGCCCUCAUUCUCUCUGCCAUGGCUGACAUUCCUCCGGAAGCAGAGGAGGUUGUGAAAAAGAAUCCAGAGGCAGGUGCAGCGUUUUUGAGCAGAAUCACCUUCAACUGGUUCAGCAGUAUGGUGGUGAAGGGGUACAAGCGGCCCCUGGUCCAGGAGGACAUGUGGGAGCUGAGCGACGCAGAGAGCACCGCUGUCAUCAACCAGCGCUUUCAGUACUUCAUGGAGUCGGAGCUGCGUGCUGCUCGGGUCCGGUUCCAAAACAAGAUGAAAAAGCAACGGGAAAAGAGCAAAGAGAAAGCCCCGGAGGAGGCCUUUCAAAAUGGCCUCUCCAACAAUCUGGGCAAGGGCAUCAGUCAGGAUGUGCUGAUGAUGGAGGAAAAGGGAAAGAAAGGAGAUGAAAAGAAGAAGAAAAAGGACAAAAAGGAGGAAAAUAACCACCCCAACUCAUGGCUGAUUUCCACCAUCUACAAGACCUUUAAAGGGGUGCUGUUUGAAUCGGCUUUUUUCAAACUUCUGACGGACCUGCUGGCGUUUGUCAGUCCUCAACUUCUAAAGUUCAUGGUCUCAUUCACUCAGGACAAAUCCAGAUAUACCUGGGAAGGCUAUAUGUACGCAGUGCUGCUGCUAGUGGUGGCAAUUUUGCAGUCACUGUUCCUGCAGCAGUACUUCCAACGUUGCUUUGUGCUCGGGAUGAAGGUCCGCACUGCCAUCACAGCAGCAGUGUACAAAAAGGCGCUGGUGGUGUCUAACGACACUCGUAAAGAGUCAACGGUCGGGGAAACGGUGAACCUGAUCUCAGCGGAUGCCCAGCGCUUCAACGAUGUGACCAACUUCAUCCACCUGCUGUGGUCCUGCCCUCUGCAGAUUGUGCUGUCCAUUGUCUUCCUGUGGUUCGAGUUAGGACCUUCUGUGUUGGCAGGACUGGCCGUCAUGGUGCUGAUGGGGCCGAUUAAUGGAUUGCUAGCAGCCAAGGCCAGAAAAAUCCAGAUAGAAAACAUGAAGUUCAAAGACAAGCGAAUGAAGAUAAUGAAUGAAAUCCUUAAUGGGAUCAAGAUUCUGAAGCUGUAUGCGUGGGAGACAUCCUUCCAGGCACAGGUUGAAGGCAUCAGGGGGCAAGAACUGAAAGUCAUGAGGAAAUUUGCCUACUUGACGUCUGUUUCCACCUUCAUCUUUAGCUCUGCCCCGGCUCUGGUUUCUCUGGCCACAUUUGCAGUUUUCGUAGGCGUGAGCCCAGACAACGUGCUGACCGCUGAGAAAGCUUUCACUUCCAUCUCUCUAUUCAACAUCCUUCGAUUUCCCCUGGCCAUGCUGCCCAUGCUUAUCGCUGCCAUCGUGCAAACGACAGUGUCUAGGAAACGGCUGGAGAAGUUUCUGUCCGGCGAAGAUCUCGAAAGUGACAUCGUGCGGCAUGACCUCAGCUUCAACUCUGCUGUCACCAUUUGUGAUGGUUCCUUUGCUUGGGAAAGAGAAGCAGAGCCUCUGCUGAAAAAUGUUUCCUUGGAUAUAAAGCCAGGUAAGCUGGUGGCAGUAGUGGGAGCUGUAGGCUCAGGAAAGUCCUCUCUCAUGUCAGCCCUGCUUGGAGAGAUGUACAGCAACAAGGGAUUUAUCAACAUUCAGGGUUCCCUCGCCUUUGUCCCGCAACAAGCCUGGAUCCAAAACGCCACACUGAGGGAUAACAUCCUGUUUGGCUCCCCCCACGAGGACAGGAGGUUCCAGGGGGUCAUCCAGGCCUGUGCCUUGGCUCCUGACCUGGAGCUGCUGCAGGGUGGUGACCUCACUGAGAUUGGAGAGAAGGGUAUCAACCUCUCAGGCGGUCAGAAGCAACGCGUGAGCCUCGCCCGGGCAGCUUACAGUCAGGCUGACAUUUAUUUAUUAGAUGACCCGUUGUCGGCUGUCGAUUCUCACGUAGGAAAGCAUCUGUUCGACGAAGUAAUCGGACCCAAUGGGAUACUCAAAGACAAGACUCGGAUCCUGGUGACUCACGGAGUGAGCUUCCUGCCGUACGUAGAUGAAAUAGUGGUCUUGGUGAAUGGAGAGGUUUCUGAGGUUGGAUCCUACAACAGCCUUCGUGCCAGCAGGGGAGCCUUUUCUGAAUUUCUGGACACAUAUGCCAAAGAUCAAAGAAAACAGACCCCUUCAGAGUCAAAUCGUUACGAGGACGUCGCAGACGUGGAGCUCAUACCCGAACGAGAGGAGACUCUGCCCGACUCUCCUCUGGAGGAUACAGUUUCUGUUACACUGAAGAGAGAGAACAGCAUCCGCCGCAGCCAGCGCCACGGCAGUGUCAGACUAAGAAAAAAUAGCUCCAUUAGAAAAUCAGUCAGUGAUUUGAAGAAAGGCCAGAGGCUGAUAGAGAAGGAAGCUAUGGAAACAGGAAAGGUGAAGUUCUCAGUGUACCUGGAGUACCUGCGUGCCAUGGGCUGGGGAUAUACCGUCAUGGUCUUCCUGGUUUACUUCAUCCAGAACGUUGCUUUCAUCGGUCAGAAUCUGUGGCUGAGUGACUGGACCAAUGACGCCGUGGACUACUACAACAGGACGUACCCGAGCUGGAAGAGAGACACCCGGGUGGGAGUGUUUGGUGUUCUGGGAGUGGCUCAGGGCCUCUUUGUGUUCAUGGGAACACUUCUCCUGGCCAAUGCUUCGGUUGAUGCGUCACGCACCCUGCAUUCAAGGCUACUGAACAACAUACUUCGAGUUCCCAUGGUAUUCUUCGACACCACACCUAUUGGAAGAGUGGUCAACCGCUUCGCAAAGGACAUUUUCACAGUGGAUGAAGCCAUUCCACAGUCCUUCCGCUCCUGGCUCCUGUGUCUGCUCGGCGUGUUGGGCACACUGUUUGUAAUCUGUCUGGCUACUCCUUUCUUCACCAUCGUCAUUAUUCCUCUGACCCUGCUCUAUUACUUUGUACAGCGCUUCUACGUGGCAACUUCGAGGCAGUUGCGUCGGCUGGACUCAGUGUCUCGCUCUCCGAUAUACUCACACUUCAGUGAGACAGUGUCGGGUCUGUCGGUGAUAAGAGCCUACGGACAUCAAGAGAGGUUCCUUAAACACAAUGAAACAAUUAUUGAUGAAAACCUCAAGAGCCUCUACCCGUGGAUCGUGUCAAACAGGUGGCUGGCCAUUCGUCUGGAGUUCCUUGGAAACCUGGUAGUGUUUUUCGCUGCUUUGUUCGCCGUCAUUUCUAGAGAUUCCCUGGACAGCGGCCUGGUUGGCCUGUCUAUAUCCUACGCCCUUAAUGUGACCCAGACCCUCAACUGGCUGGUGAGAAUGACAUCAGAGCUGGAAAACAACAUCGUCGCCGUGGAGAGAGUGAGCGAAUACAGCGCGCUUGAGAACGAGGCUAAGUGGGUGACUGACACUCGGCCUCCAGAGAAGUGGCCCGAGCAAGGAAGGCUACAGUUUGACAACUACAAGGUUCGCUACAGGCCCGGAUUAGACCUGGUGCUCCAUGGGGUUACCUGUGACAUCAACAGCACGGAGAAGAUUGGUAUCGUCGGCCGCACUGGAGCCGGGAAAUCGAGCCUGACCAACUGCCUAUUUAGAAUUAUUGAAGCUGCUGAAGGUAGUAUUCGGAUUGACGAUGUCGAUAUUUCUACAAUUGGCCUGCAUGACCUCAGAAACCGGCUCACAAUCAUCCCACAGGAUCCAGUGUUGUUCUCUGGGACCCUGAGGAUGAACCUGGACCCAUUUGACAAAUUCAGCGAUGAGCAGAUAUGGAGAGUGUUGGAGCUCUCCCAUCUUAAAGAUUAUGCAGCUGGGCUGCAGGAAGGACUGCAACAUGAAGUGGCAGAGGGGGGAGAAAACCUCAGUGUUGGACAGAGGCAGCUGCUGUGUCUGGCGCGGGCGCUGCUGAGGAGGACACGCAUCCUAAUCCUGGAUGAGGCGACAGCAGCUGUGGACCUGGAGACGGACGACCUCAUUCAGAAUACCAUCCGCAAAGAGUUUUCCCACUGCACUGUCCUCACCAUCGCCCACCGCCUGCACAGCAUCAUGGACAGCUCCAGGGUGAUGGUGCUUGAUGCUGGUAGAAUAGUGGAAUUUGAUUCUCCAAGCAACCUGCUCCAAAAACGUGGCCAUUUCUAUGCAAUGGCAAAGGAUGCUGGGAUUAACCAAGAAGACAACACGGUUUUCUGAUUCUGCAUUUUUUUUAUUCCAUGAAUUGCUCUUGUUGCUUAAUUUAAAAACCUGGAACGGGCAUUACUAUUUACUAAUAUUGUAUCUGUAUUAAAAAAAAGAAAUCAUAUCCUGUAUGUAAAUAAUUGUUAAGAUAAACAAUAAAAUCCCUUUUUCAAAUAGUUUU